AGCAGGAAGGUGAAGUGUGUGUUUUCAGUUUCAAUAAUUAUAAUUUAAAAAAAUAUAUAAUUUGUUAUUUGAGUCGCUAAUUAUCUUGCAAAUAUAUCUCAUAAAUCAAACCCCCACCCCCAUUUUUCUUUCUUCUUCUUCGUUUUUCUUCACACACAGAGCAAACCCCACAAGCUCUGAUCUCCCAUGCCUCCAUUCCUUGGCAUACCUACCCCACUCUGUUUUUCAGGUAUAUUAUUCAUUGGAACUGCGCGCCCUCAGUCGAUCUUCUGAGCACCAUACAUUUGAUUUGUCUACCCAUUCGUUUCUCGCCUUUUCUUGGAGAAUUAAGUGUGCAGUAAUGGGCUCUCGAUUUCCCUCUCACCAGUUGAGCAACGGCCUUUAUGUCUCCGGCAAACCUGAGCAGCCGAAGGAGAAGACUCCAACAAUGAGCUCAGUCGCCAUGCCUUACACUGGCGGCGAUAUAAAAAAAUCCGGCGAACUCGGUAAAAUGUUCGAUAUCCCAAUGGAUGGCUCAAGGUCUCGAAAAUCAGGCCCCAUAACAAACGCCCCCAUAAGAACCGGCUCGUUCGGCGGAGCCGCUUCUCACUCGGGUCAGCUCAAUUCCGCGAGCCGCGGCUCGGCUUCAGUUGGUGGUGUACCCGGCUCGGUUUCACUCAAGAAAACAAAUUCCGGCCCACUUAAUAAACACGGCGAACCGUUGAAGAAAUCGUCCGGUCCACAAGGAACAGCUGUCUCUCGCCAAAAUUCAGGCCCUCUGGCUCCAGUUCUCCCAGCCACUGGCCUAAUUACAUCUGGACCAAUCACGUCGGGCCCACUUAACUCUUCGGGGGCCCCUCGUAAGGCGUCUGGCCCUUUGGAGUCAUCGACUGGCUCGAUGAAGCUGCACAGUGUUUCUAUUGUUAAUAACCAGGGCGUGACUCAUCUUAGCCAGGACGAUGAGUACUCGUUUCGGAAAAGCUUUCCGAAGCCGAUUCUUUGGGCAAUUAUUCUUCUGUUUGUGAUGGGGUUUAUUGCUGGUGGUUUUAUACUUGGAGCUGUUCGAAACCCUAUUCUUCUUGUUGUGGUUGUGGUGCUUUUUGCUGUUGUGGCUACUGUUUUUACUUGGAAUACGUGUUGGGGGAGAAGAGCUAUUACUGGUUUUAUAUCCACUUAUCCCGAUGCUGAGUUACGAACUGCAAAAGAUGGCCAAUUUGUCAAAGUUUCUGGGGUUGUUACAUGUGGAAAUGUUCCUCUCGAGUCAUCAUUCCAAAGGGUUCCUAGAUGCGUUUAUACAUCAACGAGUCUGUACGAAUAUCGAGGAUGGGAUUCGAAAGCAGCAAACCCUACACAUCGCCGUUUUACAUGGGGCCUACGAACAUUAGAGAGGCAUGUAGCUGAUUUCUAUAUCUCCGACUUUCAAUCUGGGCUGAGGGCGUUGGUCAAGACUGGGUACGGUGCAAGAGUGACUCCUUACGUGGACGAAUCGGUUGUUAUUGAUAUCAAUCCUUCGAACAGGGAUAUGUCUCCUGAUUUCGUUCGAUGGUUAGGAGAGAGAAACCUUUCGAGUGAUGAACGGAUAAUGCGGCUCAAAGAAGGAUACAUUAAAGAAGGGACCACGGUUAGUGUAAUGGGAGUUGUGCAACGGAACGAAAAUGUUUUAAUGAUCGUACCGCCGCCGGAGCCAUUUUCAACAGGGUGUCAGUGGAGUAAGUGUAUUCUUCCGGCGAGUCUUGAAGGCAUUGUUUUGAGGUGCGAAGAUAAUUCGAAAAUCGACGUUGUACCAGUUUAGUGGAUUGAGAUAAGUUUUUUUUAUUUUAUUUUGAUGGAUGAAAAAAGAUUGUUGAGAACUUUUCUCGAAAGGCGAGUUCGUAUUAUUAUGUUGGCCCGGUGUAUAGUUUUCGUGUAUUUUUUUUUUCUCGUCGUCCCGUUUUGGUUAAGGACAAAUUUUUAUUUUUUGGGGUUAUGGCAUUGGUGUGAAUUGUUAUAGUACAGUGGAGGGGGGAACUUGGGCAAUUAACAAGAAGAUGAAGAUUCAAUUUUUAUUUUUUUAUUUUUCAUUUUUAAUUUUCUUUUUUCUUCUUCUUGUUAGAAUUUGGUUAAUUGGUAAUAUUCUCGGGCUUGUAAGAAUUCCUUGUUAAAGAUUAGUACAUUUGGAGAUUGGCUUUUUAUUGGUUUG